UCAGCUUGUUCCAGCCAAAAAUAUUCAUUUCUGAUUGCACAAAUUCGAAUCUGAGGUAACCACAGGCGUCCAAGAUGCUGUUCGACGAGGCCGGGGAAGUUUUGGAAAUGUUCAGGAACAGUUUUCCGCUAUCUUUCCUGUUUUUUGUGCCGCUGUUGAUAAUCAUUUCCCCGAUGAAUCCUGUUCAAGGGGCUCAUGAGUUCGGUGUUUACCGAAUGCAGCAGUACGAUCUGCACGGAACUGCUUAUGGCUGCAGAAAUGCCAUGGUUAACAUGGAGGCUAGAUCUCUAGAGGCCAAGAUGCUGACUCGUCGCUGCGUCAUUGCUCGACUGAGGGAGAUAAACAUGGUCAAAUAUCGAGACUUGCUGACACAGAAUGCCGGGGCCCUUCUCAUUCUCCUGCCCCAAAAUGUGUCCACCUUAGCUGCAGAGGAGAAGGAGCUGUUGAUGGGACUUGAGCGGGAUUUGAUGUCAGAAGAAACGCCCCUUCCCGUCUACUUCACCCACGAGAGUGCUGAGGUGGGGCAAAUGUAUGAGGAAGUGAAGAGGGCCAGUACGAGUGAUCAGGCUGCUACAGCUGUGGAAGCUCUCCUGGGUAGUGCCUUAGCUAAUGGCUACCAGCUGGUUGUUAAUGGAGCCCAGGCUAAAAGUAUGGCGGACUUUCAGAUCGUCAAUAUUCAGGGUAAACUGUCUGGGUAUGGAAUUGAAGACCAACUGCCCACGGUAGCCAUUAUUGCCCACUAUGACUCCUAUGGAGUGGCACCAGCCCUGUCACGAGGAGCAGACUCUAAUGGAAGUGGGGUAGUCAUGUUGUUGGAGCUGGCCAGACUCUUCUCAAAACUCUACACAAACUCCAGGACACAUGCCAAAUACAAUCUUGUGUUUCUCUUGUCUGGGGGAGGAAAAUUUAAUUACCAAGGAACAAAAAAGUGGAUUGAAGAUAACUUAGACUCUCCAGACUCUAACAUCCUAGGAGAUGUGUUAUUUGUACUGUGCCUGGACUCUCUGGGGCAGGGGAAUACCCUUAACCUUCAUGUGUCUAAGCCACCUAAAGAAGACAGCGCAGGGGGAAUCUUCCAAAAGAACCUUGAAGAUGUGAUAUCCGAGUACCACCCAGAGGUACAGUUUAAGAUGACUCACAAAAAGAUCAACCUGGCAGAGGAGUCCCUGGCUUGGGAGCACGAGAGGUUCAGCAUGAGAAGACUUCCAGCUUUUUCCCUGUCACGAUUGGAUACGCACAGAUCACCGUUACGAUCAACUAUACUUGACACAAGAGACCAGGUGGAUGUGACUGUUGUGAAAAGAAACACAUAUAUUGUAGCUGAGGCUUUGGCCCGGUACAUCUACAACCUGUCCAGUCAGGGAUCAUUCCAGCUUUUUGGGGAGGGUUUAACAGUAGAAGAAAGCCUUAUGGAGGCAUGGCUAGAUGAGCUGACCAGACAACCCAGGGCCUGCCAGUUGUUACCUAAAGACCACAGUCUAGUGCAGACGCUGACAGAGACGCUCAUGCGUUAUCUGAAGGAUGUCAAAACAGCAGGACUGAAGGCUGACAAAAGAGAUCCAGAGUUUAUGUUCUACAGUGGCGCUCAGUUCAUGAUGAACUCUUACAGUGUGAAGCCAGCAGUAUUUGAUCUAUUUCUAGCACUGGGAAUAUUGGGAUACCUUGGUAUAAUGUACUUAUUAGUGCAGAAUUUCUACAUUGUACUUGGUGCCCUUAACAAAAUCUCAAGUCCGAAGAAGUCAAAGGUCCAGUAACAAGAUCUCCUUGGUAAAUCACUGCUAGUGAUGCAGACUCUAUGAACAGUCCAGUGUAGACGUCCGUCUGGCCAGUGGGAAUUACCUUAAUCGUUACCAGAAAUUGACACAUUCAAAUUGUCUUAAGAUCAUAUAACUUGUGUAAAAGUUGUUAUGGUAGCCAGUGCCAACUUCCUUGGAGACAGACAACUGGUCAUCGUGAUUUAAGUGUUGAAAUGGGUGUUUUGUCAUCUUGGAUUUGAAUGCCAUGGCAGCAUUUCUAUUUGAUGGUGUUGUCCUACAUUUAGUAUCCACCUAAAUGAUGAUACCAGGACAAUUUCUGUGUUGUUGGACAGAAUUAGAAGCAGAAUGUAAUUAUGACUGAAUCUGUAUAUUUGAAAAUGGUCCAGAAUUUGUUUUUUAUAUUUAUACACGUCUUACUACUGCAUGUGUCAAGUGAAAUGAAAGGGAUUUGGAAAUUUAUAGCAACCAUCAUAGAUACAUUUUUUCACUUCCCUGUAUCAACCAGAACAAAAAAGUUUAGUUUGUUGACAUUAAAGCUUUAGUAUGAAAAAAAAAAAGUGAAUAUAUGUGUAAGUCUGUGUAAAUUUGUGUAAUUGGUGUUAUGUAUAAAAAGGCGAUCAACCAGAAUAAAGGCAAAGAUGGAAUGUGCACAGGUGGUUAAACUGCCUAAACCUAUGUAUGAAUCAGUGUAACCGAUAGAGGGUUGUUUCAAUGUUAAAUUGAAAUAAUCGUUAAUAAAGAAAAAAUGUAUGCUUUUUGUACUUCUGAGAACACAGAAGAAGCAUUAUAUCAUGAAUAUGUCAGUAAUUAAAUUACAAAGGUUGGGUAUUGAUACACAAGCCGAAUGGAUACCAGAUAAUGAAUCCUGAAGGGACAAAAUUUAAGAAAAAAAAUCUGCAGA